CCACCUUACAGGAAGAACUUGAGAGAAAGGGAAAAGAGAAACUGUUUAACAGUCUGACUGCAGUGAUUGUUCAUAUCAAGUGCAGUUCUGAGUCACCAUGGCAUGUAUUUAUGGAGACAUCAUGAAAAUAGACACUACUGGAGCAUCAGAGAUGACAGCAAGACAGGACAAAUUAACUGUUAAGGGUGUUGAAGCCUCUCAAAAACUGGCUGAGAAUGAUCUGGCCCGAAUGGAGAAAUACAAGAGUAAAAUCAUCAAAGUUGGCAAAGCAAAGCAAAUGGAGCCGGCUGUGAUCGCCGCCAUCAUAUCCAGAGAGUCCAGAGCUGGAGCUGUACUGAAGGACGGGUGGGGUGACCAUGGCAAUGGGUUUGGCCUCAUGCAGGUUGACAAACGCCAUCAUAGUCUCAAAGGCACAUGGGACAGUGAGGAGCAUCUCACACAAGGAACUGAAAUACUUAUUAACUCGAUUAAACAAAUCACAGCAAACUUUCCCAAAUGGACAAAAGAACAAUGCUUUAAAGGAGGAAUUUCAGCUUACAACGCAGGUGUGGGGAAUGUUCGUUCAUAUCAGAAUAUGGACGUUGGCACCACAGGGGAUGAUUAUGCUAAUGAUGUUGUUGCCAGAGCCAAGUGGUACAAUGGAAAGGGUUACUGAAGAACAGCUGGUAUUGAUCUAAUUGGAUAAAAAAAUUGAUUAAAAAAUAUACACUUGAUUAUGCAUUAAAUAUUAUCUUAUGGUAAGAUCCUGUUAUGGUAUCAGUUGAAUCCAGCCCUGCUUGUUAUUUGUUUAUCUUAUACCAGUUUUUGAGCAUUUAAAGAGAAAAAUAAAAAAAAUGUGUAAUUACA